AUGCCUGGACGAGUUAAAUGUUUCGUUUCAGGCUGCAAUAACUCGUGGUACAGAAACACCAUAAGUAACGAAGGGACACUAAGUUUUCAUCGGUUGCCUAAGAAUACAGUUCUUAUUGAGAAGUAUGAAAACAUCCUAAAAACUAAGGUUCCAAAUGCACAAAAUGCCAGAGUUUGUGGUCAGCACUUUAAAAAUGGUAAAAGAGAGUCUCCAAGUGAACUUCCUAUCUCGCAUAUUCCACCUGCAAGCAAUAGUGAAGCUGGUCCGAUUUGUCCGAAAAGAAAAGCUCCAACACCUAGAGGGCCUGUUCCACCACCUAAGCCCAGAAAUCAGUAUUUCAACACGUACAAAGAGAGAAUGAUGAAAAAGCAAUUAGAUAAAAAGCAAGCUGAAAUUAACAAUUUGAAUGAGCAAUUAAUAAGUAAGGAAAUGAAAAUUCAAGAUUUGCAAAAUUUACUACAGGAAAGUAGAACUAAUACUGGUAUGGAGCACAACAAAGUUAAUGCAUGUGAAGCUGAUAUUAUAAGAUUACAAAAUGGAUUACAAGAAUGGGAGUUUAACAUUGAGAGAUUCAUCAAAGACGACAGUAAGAUGGUUUUCUAUACAGGCUUAAACAGUGAGCAGUUUAAUUCAUUUUGGGAGUUUGUUGAGCCAGAAAUAUCGACACCAAAACGACGAAAAGGGAUAAGUAGAAAGAAUGAACUUUUUGCAGUACUUGUAAAGUUAAGGUUGGGGUUGCAGUAUGAGGAUUUGGCUGAUAGAUUAGGUCUAUCAAGACAGACAGUGUCUAGACUGUUUGAAGGAUGGAUAACAUUCUUGAGUAGCAUAGUCGCCAAGAUCAAUUUAUGA